GAACAGGGCAUGCAUUUAAUCAAAACAACAUCUCAAAUCCUCCAGCAUGCUCUCUGAACUGUGGAGUGCAGGGGACACGAAGAGAAGCACUUCUGGGCCAGGCUGUCGGGGUAAGAAAAUCACAGAUGACUCCUCAGCACACAGACGAGUGGGUGUCAGCGAGGACAGACAACAACCGCCUGAAUGGUUGAUUCGAGAGCUGCUGAGACAGAGCCGGCGGAGACACUCUGUCACACUUGGAGAUGAGGUUCAAAUCAUGGGACGACAACGCAGUAGACUCCGCAGCCUUAAGCCUAGUCAGCCUGAACAUUACCCAUUUAACACAAAUUCAUGUACGCAGGGCGAGUUCAGCAAACACAUGAUACAGGAGUACAAAGAGAAGCAGGAAACUGCGAGACGCAGUAAGCAGGUGGCUUUCACCUUGCCAGCCACUAUGAAGGCGUUGUGUCAUGGCACCCCCAUCGUCAACAUCCACUCCACCCAUGAUGGGACCGUCGUAACAGUGCGAGAAGACGGGGUUGUUUGCUACUGGAGCCCUGAACUUAAACCACUGAAGACCAAAACCAUGUUUAAGGAAGGACCUGCAAAUAGGAAGUCAAAGUGGGCAAGUGAUUUUACUCUGAUGAAAGAGUUCAACAAGCUGAUGAUCGGCACGGGAGACAGAGAGAUCCAACUUUAUGAGCUUUCCACUCUGGAGCCUUAUUGCCAGAUCAAUGCACUAGACACUGUGCCUUUGACAUUAGACUACGGCUACACUGGCCCUGAUAAAUGUUGUGUUCUGUAUGGAGACAUGGAGGGAUGUGUGACUAUCAUUUUAAUAUCCUGUGUUGGAGAUACCCUCAGACUAUGGAAUAAAUUACCAAAGAUUGAAAAUAUGCCCAACAUAGCAGUUGACAAUGCAGUGCUUUCCCCGAAUGUGACAUUUGUCAGAUGGAAGGUUCAUCAGGACUGGGUAACACAGGCAAAAUAUUUUCAAGGUUUUCAAGCUGUUGUCUCCUCAUCCAGUGAAGAACCUUCCUCCCUUGUUAUAGGCUGUGUGAUGCCUCUAACAGAUGCUGAGCAGCAGCUGGGUGAGAUCAGGGAGGCCUGCUAUGAAGGUAAGACCAAGAAGGUCCAACUCAGCUGGACUCCACAGCUCCGGGCAACACAUGACCAGACCGUUUUCAGCAUUUACAAAGGUGUCAAGACCUUUGACCUUUGUCAGAAGCACAGCUUGCUGGUCACUGGAGGCAUGGACAGACUCAUUCGCAUGUGGAACCCACAUUUUUCAGGGAACCCAACCGGCAUUUUGAAAGGACACUCUGCUCCCAUCAUCUACCUGUGCAUCUUCUCAGAGGACAGUCAGAUCUUCUCCGUCUCCAUAGACAGAACCGUGAAAAUUUGGGAUAUUCAAGAUCAGUGUUGCCUGUUUACAGCAGACCCCAAAGCCAGCGGGAUUCAUGGCGACAUAUCUGCAUGCUCGUACUCCUCUGCUCUGAAAUCCUUUUACAUUGCAGCAGACUGUAUGGCUGUGCUCUCCCUGAAGAUAAGGCCACAACUUCACAGUCGUCUGACUGUUUCUCAUAAUGAGACUGUAAUGUGCUGCGGCUACAAUGAAGAGUUCCGUCAAGUUGUCAGCUGCACUGAGGGAUCUGUCGUAAAAGUCUGGGACUUUGACACUGGGCGUCAGGUUUUCGAGUUUGGAGGCACACACAACCUUUCAGCCAUCACAUGCAUGACUUUUGACCCCAAAGGGAGGAGACUUGUCACAGGUGGAAGAGAUGGCUGUUUAAAGAUCUGGAACUUCAACAACGGCCAGUGCCUGAAGACACUAAAGAAGGAUGGUGAAUGUCAGGAAGUGUGUGACUGCAUCUUUCUGCAAGUUCACAGGAAUGUCCAUGUGAUGUCUGUCGGCCGGGACCGGAUGAUUGACAUUUACCCAGACAUAACUGAGGACGUUCAUCAUGUCCAGAGGCCGCAGCCUUCGUGGCAGGAUGAUCUGAAAAAUGGCCAUAAGGAUGACAUCCUUUGUGUGGCGCAGUGCCCCCCAUCGCUCAUCGCCACCAGCAGCUAUGAUGGAGAGAUAAUAGUGUGGAAUGUGGUGUCUGGAAGUAUACAGUGUCGGUUUGUCAGCCCUCUGCUAGUUGAACACCAAAAUGUCGAAGGACUGGACACAAGUGUUCCAAGCAUCAUUUUCCUAAAGAACUCCAAGUUGCAGCACUUUUCCUCGGCUACAGCUCUGCUGUCGUCUGGAGCCGUGGGUUGCUUAAAUCUCUGGAACGUGCUCAGUGGAGGAAAAUUUAUGGGCAGCUUCAAAGCUUCUCGAUACCAACAAAAGAUUACAAAACUGGCUAAAACAGACAAGGACAUGCUGCUGUACGCUGCUGACCGAAUUGGUUACAUCUACGUUUACAACAUGGAGAAGUUUGCCCCUGCACAAAAAUCACCUAGAGCUGAACAUUUCUGGCGUGCCCACACCAGCAGAAUUACUGGUCUGCAGAUUGUUGACAAUGAUCAAGUGGUGCUUACCUCAUCCGCUGACUACACUGUGCGCCUUUGGAGUGCACAUGGAGAAUUCAUUGGGACCUUUGGGCAGCCUGAGAGAUGGAGCGUCCACAUCCCCUCCUCGUGGAAACAUCCUGAUGUCCCCUACCAGGUUCUGAUUGAUCCUCUGAGUAUGCCUGAUCAUGAAAUUCUCAAUGUAAAAACACGUCUUUCUGAUGCCAACGACCCUGACAAGACUGGGGCUCAUCGAGGUGAACUAAAGGCUCUGUCAUGAAACUGUCAGGCAUACUAACAAGCUAUCGAACCACUGGGCUCUGAAAGGCUUUCAUGCUGUGGAGCCACCAAACACCAGUGUAAGACCUGACCUCUUAUAAGCAGCACUGAGGAACUGCAGUCAACUAAAUACCAUGAAACAGUAUUGAUCACAAUUAGGGGGCUGGAUCAUUACAGCAUAUACUUUCGUAAAGACCAAGCAAGGAAAAUUUUGAAAGUAUGAAAUAAUAGUGAGAAUGUGGGCUUCAUGUAAUCAUACGCGUUUCUAGCUUUUUCAACAACAGAUCAUGGGAAGUCAAUCAAUGAAAUGAGGAUUGCAACAUUAAGGGGCUUUGAACAGAAGAGGAAAAGUAUUGAACUGAGUACUAAAUAAAUCUAAAUUGCUUUUUUGGAGUGCUUUUAGACAAAUCAAUACAAACUUUGUCAUUAAAGCAUAACUCUCGCCAAAAUGGAACCUAGGUUUUUUUUGUGACUACACCUGAGCCAACUUUCGUUUGAAAGCAUAAUUAGGACUUUUAAGAUUCACCGUAUUAUAGUUUUUUGGUCAAAUGGUCUUUUGAACGGGAGUGCAAGGGGCUCUUGCAUCACAAUCAACAUUUUUAAA